GCGAAAGAAAAGAUGGCAGCCUCCAUUGUGAAGUGCAUGGGCAGGGGAACUAAUUCGGUUAAACUUAGAAAUCUGCUAGGUUUCAACUUCUGUUUAUCGUGUAGAAGGAGUAGAAAUCUGUAUCUAUCGGCAGCUUUGUUAAAAAAAUCCAGGCUACGUGUAGUCAGGCCAAGCUUAGCGUCGUCAUCUUCAAGUUGCAUUCAGACAUAUGAUCAGAUAUACAGGAAAAGAAAUGAAGAGGCACACAGAAGUGUUCUGGUCCAAGUUUCCUCACCAGCUGAUGUUGCAAGUUUGCACGCCACUUGCAGCAGUGUGGGAAUCAUUAAUAAAUCUGUACUAUUUCCAUCAAGUGCUGGAGACAGGCAUUAUGUCCUCAUGGAGUUUGACAGCAGAUGGUCGGUGAGCCAACUUGUGAAAACUGGCAAGCAUUUUACUCGAAGUGAAGUAAUACCCGUUCGGUCGCGAAUGUUCUACUACCUCCCUGUAAACCAAACGAUUUCAAAGCUCUCACAGAAUAUUGAUGUGGAAUCAGUUUUAACAGAGGACCAACUACAGAACAAACUCAUUGAGGCAACGUCUAUAUCCGAGCAGAUGCAAAUAUUAUAUGAAGGCACCCGUCUCACAGAACUUGGAACAAGGUUGCGCUACUUUGUUGCGUCUUUGUUAGAAGACUCCUUAUCAGGGAUGUUUCCAAACAUCAAGGCCGAACCUUUUGGGUCUUCGUUUAGUGGUUUUGGAAAGCGCAAAUGUGAUCUUGACAUGAUGCUGACGUUUGAGGACUUGACACAGAACGUACGCAAGGCCGGCCCGUUAUUGUUCCUCAGCAAGAAGUGCAUGCAGAAUGACCGCUUGCAGACGCAGCGAACGUUGGGUACUCUGGGAGACGUGCUACAGUACCUGAUGCCCGGCUGUCUAAACGUGCACCGGAUCCUGCAUGCGCGCGUGCCCAUCGUCAAGUUCAAACACGAGAUCCUCGAGAUCGACUGCGACCUCUCGAUGUCCACAAACAGGUCUGGUGUGGACAUGACUCAACUACUGUACAUAUUUGGUGAGAUUGACCCACAGCUGAGACCACUCGUGUUUACCAUCCGAACCUGGGCGAGGUUGAACAAAAUCACAAACCCUAUCCCUGGCCGAUGGGUCAGCAAUUUCGCUCUCACUCUUCUUGCAAUAUUCUUUAUGCAAAAGAGAAAUGGGACGGUGCUUCCAUCUGGCGAGAAAGUUCUUCAGGAGGUGGCCAAGUCGAGAAGAACUGGUGCCAACCUGAACAUCGUCCGUAAAGACUGUGCAAUGGAUAACUUGGGUGACCUUUUGCACGAAUUCUACAGUUUCUACCAGAACUUUCCAUUCGAUGUUUCCGCACUCUCCAUCAUCAACGCAGACACACUAAAGAAACCAGAUUUCUCUCCUUUGCACAUAGAGAAUUGCAUCGAUGCUGACCUCAAUGUCACAAAGAAUGUCAGCUCAGAAGAACUUGAUAGGAUGAUGUCAGGAAUACGUAGUGCCCUCUGGCAACUGGAGUGUGGUUCAGAGAGAAAGUCCAACAAGAACUGGGGAAUCCUGAGGCUGUUUGAGCUGGACAACAGCACGGGCGCGAGUGGUGUUAGCAGUUUCCAGGUAAAGACACUGUUCGCUCCAAAAGGCCAGCAUGCCGCAUCGAAUAAAGGGCAAUUGAUAACAGAGGAUGGUGAUCAAAGCAGCCAGCAGGACAUAGAGAGCGACACAGUGGCGGUGAAACACGCAGAAGACAGGGAAACUCAGAGAGUCGAUCCCAUGCAACGUCAUGGCGAAACGUUUGCAACGGACGCUUGUGUCGGAGGCGAUGAGGUACCGAUUCGUGCAUCUGUUGACAUUGGUAACAUGAAGAGUGUAGUACAGCCGACCGCUGAUGACUUGAACUCACGAGUACGAGUGAAACAAAAGAGAGCUUCGUCGCCAUGGAAAAAGGACUUGUGGUGAGACGAGAACAACAUAUUGUUCAAUUACGUGCCCGUUGUCAUAUCAAGUAGCUGAAAUUGGGCUGCCUGCAUUUAAUAUGAAUUAUUUAAUAUGAUAUUAUUAGGAGAUUAGUUUCAAAUUGUGAUAAAUGUAAGAUUUGAGACAUCUCUUUGUAAAACCAUUACAUUUGUAGUAAAGGCCAAGACAACGCAUGUACUGGGUGGUCAUCCAAAAGGACUUUAUUUCAUAAUAAAAUAUUUUACAACAAUG